AUGACUCGGGUAGAUCUCAAACGUUCUCAGAGUGCCGAGAGAUUCGAACGAUACUUUUUGAAAAACAGUCUCUCGUAAUCUUCUUUGACCUUCACAUUUCUGUUGUAAAAUAUACACAUAAUAGAUAUAUAAUAUCUAUUAAGACUCUUGUUCUUAUCGAUAAGACUUAUCUGUAAAUUGGUCACGUGAACGUGACAUAAUCGCCGCGCGAAUAAAUCGACAGUCCACCGGCGCAUCCGGGUGUAAUAGUGUCAACCGGAAGUCACGUGUAAUCCGGCUCUCCGGGACUUUCGAAAAUGUACGAAAACUUGUUCAAGAGUCCGCUGCACCGCAUAUUCGUGUACGGCACGUUGAAACGAGGCGAACCGAAUCACGGCCUCAUUAAGGACACCGCGAAUGGCUACGCCAAGUUCCUAGGCCUCGGCAGAACGACGGUCCAGUAUCCUUUGGUGAUCGCCACGAAGUAUAACAUCCCGAUGCUGCUGAAAAAACCCAAUACUGGCAACUACGUGUUCGGAGAGAUAUACGAUGUAGAUUCCAACAUGAUGGAAAGACUGGACGAAUUAGAGGAACACCCAAAGUUUUACGUGCGAACGGAAGAAACAGUUUUGCUGACGUCGGAAGCUUCGCUUAAGCCCGGAAAAACUUUCGAAGAGGUCAGCGAGUCGACGAAAGCUUGGGUAUACUUUUUGCCAAAAUUCAGGUCCUCUCUACUAGACGGUGCCAUGUACGCAUCUUACUCUAACAACGGAAGUCAUGGGCUGAAGUAUUGCGAGAAGUAUGUUCGCGAUCCGUCCUACGAUCACAGAAAAGAGGUGCUAUAAAUCAUUGCCGGCAACUUUUGUCUCUUUGCAGCUACGAGGAGGAGGCAUCGAGCAUCGACGACGUUCUUUGAAUAUCUGAUUACACUGUCAUGGCGAGUGCUCUCUCCCAUGAUAGAUACCGUUAAUCUUUGUAAAUUCGGGGAAAGUAACGGUAGAAAACAAUGAGUAAGGCUGUUUUGUAUAACUCUACGGACAGUGGCAUAAAGUUUCAAAGCUACAUCUUUUAAGAGGAAACAAUUC